AGUGAGAACACUUUCUUACAAAAUAAAACUGUCUACUUCAGUUUUUUCUUCAAAAGGCUUCCUCUGUGGGGGAAUUUAUUGUUCCUUGCAAUAUAGAUAGGAAACAGAAACACCAGUUUUUGUGAACUCAAACGUAGAAAAUAUCAAGUUGCACAAAUCAUCAUGGGCACUCUCAUGCUUCUCAAGAAAUUCACCCUCCUCUUUCUCCUCAUUUCUGCCUCACUUUUAUCAACUUCUUUUGCAGGUAGACGAUCCAUCUCUAUCAAGAACUUCGUUAAAGAUGGGAAUGCAAUCCAAGAGGAAACACCAAGGAAGCCAGUGAAUAAGGAAGAAGUAAGAACUAUAAACGAGAGGCUUCUUAGGGCUAACACCAAAGAUUAUGGACGAUAUGAUCCAUCGCCAUCUCUCUCUAAGCCUCCUUUCAAGCUUAUACCUAAUUAACGUAACGUUCAAUAUGAGAAUCUUGGAAGUGGGUGGAAUAAGUAGCAUAAAUAAUUGGCUUUAAUCUUGUAAUAUAAGUAUGUCAUAUAUAGCAAAAGAAAUACGGGCCAUGUCAGGAACCUGACAAUUUAGUAGCAUAAAUAUAUAUAGAUAUUAGAAGAUGUACGUGUGCUUUACAUAUUACUAGUUCAAGUUUUGUUGUAUGAGUCCAUAAUAUACAUAUAUAUACUUGGUAUUGUCUUAUCUAGAAAUGAUCGUGAACUAGUAUACUGUUAUGAGUGAAACAAAGUAAUGAGAUAACGUAUGUAUGUUGAAUUCGA